CAUUGUUGUUGUUGUUGAUUUUGUUGUUGAUUUUUAUAGAUUUUAGCAUAUUUUAGUUGGAUUUUUGGUUGGAUUACUAAAAUUUCAGUUAACAAUGAAGGAAGGAGAUGUUGAAAAGACAGCAAAAGAUUAUAGCAAAUAUAUAACAGAUAUAGAUUUGGCCAAAAAAUUAGAGCCUAUUAAUAAAUCCAUAGACGAUAUGUUAACUCGAUUAGAAGAGUUUGAAACAAUGUUUACUUUUAUUCAACCAGAUGUUAAAGAUUCGAGUGAUUUGCUAUCAUCGAUGUUACAGUACAAACCAGAAUUUGACCAGUUGUGUGAGAAAAUAGAUAGUACAGAAUUUUUAGUAGAACAUAUUAAAAGCAACUUGGAUGCUCUAGAAUCGAGAAUUGAGGAAGGUGAAAUAAAGUUGAAUGCGGUUGAUACUGCAAGCAGAGUUACAAAUAUGUUAUCACCACUUUUUAAGAUGAGUAUUAAUGAGAAAAAGACUACCGCCCCUCCAACGACAGAAUUGUUUAAAGUAGAAGACUACUUUCAAUAAUAUAUUAAGUAUAAUUAGUAUUUACACAAAUACCCAAAUAUAUUUUAUAUUUAUAUAUUUUUACAAAAAAUAAUUCUUAUAUAAACUGGUAGUUAGGGGUACAGAGAAGGUUUUAUAAAAAAAUUACCUGGUAUUUUACUUAUUUCUAGUAACUAUAUUUUCAACUUAUACUACCUAGUAGCUGGAUAAAGAUAAGGCUUUAAAUACGUGCAAUAUUUUAAGAAUAAACAAGGAGAUUUUAAGACUAA